AUGGCGGGGCCCGGGGCGGCCGCGGCGGCGCUGCUCCCGGCGGUCCUGCUGGCCCUGCUGGCGCCCUGGGCCGGCCGAGGGGGCGCCGCCGCGCCCACCGCACCCAACGGCACGCUGGAGGCCGAGCUGGAGCGCCGCUGGGAGAGCCUGGUGGCGCGCUCGCUGGCGCGCCUGCCCGUGGCCGCGCAGCCCAAGGAGGCGGCCGUCCAGAGCGGCGCCGGGGACUACCUGCUGGGCAUCAAGCGGCUGCGGCGGCUCUAUUGCAAUGUGGGCAUCGGCUUCCACCUCCAGGUGCUCCCCGACGGCCGCAUCGGGGGCGUGCACGCGGACACGAGCGACAGCCUGCUGGAGCUCUCGCCGGUGGAGCGGGGCGUGGUGAGCAUCUUCGGCGUGGCCAGCAGGUUCUUCGUGGCCAUGAGCAGCAAGGGCAAGCUGUACGGCUCGCCUUUCUUCACCGACGAGUGCAAGUUCAAGGAGACUCUCCUCGCCAACAACUACAAUGCCUAUGAGUGCCACCAGCACCCCGGCAUGUUCAUCGCCCUGAGCAAGAACGGGAAGCCCAAGAAGGGGAACCGAGUGUCACCCACCAUGAAGGUCACCCACUUCCUCCCCAGGCUGUGACCUCCCAGAGCCCUGCCUCUGCCUCGGGAAGCCCCCAGGAGCUGGAACACCAAGGCCCGCCCGGGUGUACUUUCUUCCGAAGGACGGUUGGAUGCCAGCAUCGGUGUAAGAUAUUUAAAUUAAUUAUUUAAAUGUGUAUAUAUUGCCACCAAAUUAUUUAUGGUUCUGUGGGUGCGUUUUGUAUUUUUCUGGAAAAAAAAAAAAAAAAAGACAGCCCAAAUCCUGAUUUUUCUCCGAAAACAGUGGAGAUGCUUCCACUGGAUUUAUGUGACGUGUCAGAUGUUGUCACGGUGUGCUGCUAUUUUGUGUUUUAAAAUCGGGGACGUCAGACUCUUGAGAUCAACCUGGCUUUGCACCGUCCCCCGUAGUGUGGGGGUGAGCAUCCUUGUGGCUGGAAAGACGUUCCUGGGGCCUUGGAAGCCGGCAAAAGGGAGCUCCCAGUCUCGGCCCCUCUCCGAGCACCGUCCAGCGCCCCACUCUUUGUGCCCGGUUGCUAUGAAUCGGGACAUAUCAGUUUACUUCGGGGCCAGAAAGUGUGCUGUCAGUCCCUGCUGCCUCUCUGUUUUUAGAUCUGUCAAGACUGACCUUUGAACUUUCCUGUAGUCAAUCUUCCUCCAUCUACCAGAUGGGGGAGACCCUUAGACAACUUCAUAAACUCCUGUUUUCCUUUUUUGGACCCGCCACAGCCCGUGCUUCUCUGUGGCCGUUGGGGGAAAAAGGCAAAAAUGAAGCAAUUUUGUAAAUCCGACCGAAAGGAAUCGCUGUCUGGUUGGAAGGCUGGAAAUGGGCAAGAUGGGUGUAUUUGCAACCACGCCCCAAACGCUCGAGAGGAAAUACAGUGUGUGAGAGCAGAGCCUUCUGCUAAGUAAUCGAAUAUUUAUUUUUUAAAAAAAUAUGCUUCCUUGUGCUUGGGGAGCUUUGGGCUAGAACUCGCUGUUAAUUUUAGGUGAAAUGCCCUUGUAAUUGUGCAGAAACACUUAGCGUGGUGUUUGCUGGGAGGAAGAUGCUGUGGGCCGUCCAUGGCAUUCCCUAAGUGGAUUUAACAUCUACCUCGAAAGCCCUUAAACCACUCAUCUGGUGGAAUCUGCAGAAAGCCCACACUGGGUGCAGGGGUUUGCCAUCCCGAGUGGCUUUUUUUUUUUUCCAUAUGUAGCCAAAAAGGAUUGCAGCGAGCGGCGGUGCGUCCCAUUCGAACCUUGUCACGUUUGAGCUAUCUUUACCCCGCGAUUUACUUUUAGUAAGGACAAUCAUGGUGAAAAUAUUUGCAGACAGCUGUUAGCGUGCGCUAUAUGGUCACCAAGUAACCUUAUAUUUUUCUUUAUAUAUUUUACGAAUGUAACCCCUGUCGUGGAAGCAGAGAUGGAAGAGGCAGGGUCGAGGAUGGUUAAAAAAAGUCCCGAGUUGAUGGCAAGCAUUUAAUUUUAAUGAAUGACUUUUUCGAGUUUAUACAAAAUGACCUUAGCUCGCUACCAGAAAUACUCCACAUGUUUUCUCGAGACUUUAAUGCUCUUCGAGGAGGCUUCUGAACCGGCUCCCAAAUUAACUUUACGGGAGUCCACAGACAGCAAGAUGGGGGGGAAAAAGCUGAUUGGAGUUUUGUCUUUCACAUUCCUUUUUACAACUCUUUGUUCGCAUGCAAAUCAUCUUCUUAAAAUGCUAUUCUUAAUCUGAGGCCUGGAAGAAGGAAGCCACUGCAAGGCCCCAACGCUGGACCAGACCUCUUAAACCGCUGUUCAUACGAUGGAAUAAAAAUGUUCGUUUUUUUAAAUCUUGUUUGAAACCGUGCCCUAGACUCCGGGAGCCUUCAGGAAAGAUGCUCAGAAAUCUCCGUGCUGACUGCGGGGGGCGGGGGUGGCAGUUGUGGACGUUCUGUAUUCCGUGUGUUCACACAGUAACAAACCAUCAUGGUCUUAGAUGCCUUAAAUGAUUGCGCCGCGUCUUGUCUCAGAGCGCAGUCAUUGUCAGGAAUUAAGAUGUCUUAAGUGCAGAAUGCGGCCGUCCUGGACCACGUGUGCGUACCCAGCCUGUCGCCAGUCACGCGUGGAGUGGAGAGAGACGCGACGGGAACUUGGGACACUGUAAAGCGUUUCUAUUGCUGUGACUGGCAGUGGAGGGUUGGUGUUCCCGCUGUCCUCAGAAUCUGUAGUUUUAUACAGGUGCCGACCCGUAUCUGCUGUAUGUGCUGUGCACAUUGAGAUGCCGAAUAAAUGGAAAACGUGGAUGCCAUGUAGAACCCUGUUGACCUUGGUGUGAAUAUUUGGGAAAGGUAUUGAAAACGAUUAAAACCUGCCUUGAAACGCCCAA